GUGCCUUUCUCACCCCAACUGUCUAGGGCCUGGCCAUGUCCUUCAUUAAAGUCUCCGUCGGACUGACACUCGUCUACAUUCCGCAAUCCCGUUGGGUCAAGAUAUUCAUCUGAUGCAUCACAGGGUUCUCAGGCAUCUGGGGCCUCGACAACGUCUUCAUCCUCCUCUUAGAGUGUCGUCCCAUCUCAAACGCGUGAGAAGAGAAAAGAACCCAGGCGACAUGCUUCAGCUCAUCUGUUAGCGCUGCUAUUUAUAAUGACAUUUCAGUGGCGCCCGUUAAAUUCCUCUGGAACUUGAAGCGACCGCUUUGCGAGAGGCUCAUGAUUGGUUCUCUCAUGUGGCUCGGAGUUGCCCUGCUGGCCUCCAUUAUGAACUUUAUCUAUGCCGAGAGUGAUGACGGGAUUUGGGCACGGCGCACGAUCAUGGUCUCGACUUGGUCCGUCAUGGAGCCAACUAUGGGUCUUUUAGCCUGUCUGUCCGUCCUCAGGCUUCUUUCCGAUGGUGCUUCAGACUACAGGGGUCCUCGUUGUAGAGAGCGAUAAAGGUGGCUAGCGUUUCACAUUAUGGAGAACCUAAGGACGGGGUGUUCCGCAGUCACACGACUGAUAAGGCUUUAGGCGUCAGUUGGGACAAGUUGAGUGCAAACAUCAUAGAGAUUUAGUUGGAAUUGAACCCGAAUAUUCGGGUACACGGGGUUAUUCUGAAGAAGAUGGAGGUACAAGUUUGCUCGGAUGAGGCGGGCAAUCAUGUUAAUACCCACUGAGGUCCGGGGUGUCUAGCGGUUCUGAUGUGAGUGAGAGUUCGAGGCAUGAUCUGUGGAUCAAGCAAUAUGGCUUCAUAUAGAGAAUUGCUGAAGGUGCUGAGGCCCGACGACCAACCGUGGUCAGCUGCGCACAGGAAAUAUGGUA